GCCCCAAAAGAUAAAGCCUCUCGGGCUGGUGUGGCCUGUGGGGCCGUGGUGGGCAAUCCCACCUCAUUCCUCACAGCUACCUGCUGGAAUUCACAGAAUCCAGAGGUUUGGAAGGAGCUUUAAAGCCCACCCAGUCCAAGGCAGGGCCACCUGCAGCAGGGAAGUGUCCAGCUUUACCAACAGGGCCGCUUGUGCCAGCUGGGUAGUGAAUUUUGUGAACUAGAAGUUUUUGCAAAGGUGCUACGAGCUUUAGAUAAAAGACAUCUGCUCCAUCACUGCUUCCAGGCUCUGAUGGACCAUGGAGUCAAGGUGGCUUCUGUCCUGGCCUAUUCCUUCAGCAGAAGGUGCUCCUACAUUGCAGAGUCAGAUGCUGCUGUGAAAGAAAAAGCAAUCCAGAUUGGAUUUGUUUUAGGGGGGUUCCUGUCAGAUGCAGGCUGGUACAGUGAUGCUGAGAAGGUUUUCCUUUCCUGCCUUCAGCUGUGCACCCUCCACGACGAAAUCCUUCACUGGUUCCGUGCUGUGGAGUGUUGUGUGAGGUUGCUGCACGUUCGGAACGGGAACUGCAAGUACCACCUGGGAGAGGAGACCUUCAAGCUGGCCCAGUCCUACAUGGACAAGCUGGCCAAGCACGGGCAGCAGGCCAACAAGGCGGCGCUCUACGGGGAGCUGUGCGCGCUGCUCUUCGCCAAGAGCCACUACGACGAGGCCUACAAGUGGUGCAUAGAAGCCAUGAAGGAGAUCACAGUUGGGCUGCCUGUAAAAGUAGUGGUGGAUGUGCUACGACAAGCCUCAAAGGCCUGCGUGGUGAAACGGGAGUUCAAGAAGGCUGAGCAGCUCAUAAAGCACGCCGUGUACCUUGCCAGGGAGCAUUUUGGAGCCAAGCACCCCAAAUACUCUGACACGCUACUAGACUACGGAUUUUACUUGCUCAACGUAGACAAUAUCUGCCAAUCUGUUGCCAUCUAUCAGACAGCGCUCGAUAUCCGGCAGUCGGUGUUUGGAGGUAAAAACAUCCACGUAGCUACAGCUCAUGAAGACUUGGCUUAUUCUUCAUAUGUUCACCAGUACAGCUCUGGGAAGUUUGACAAUGCACUAUUCCAUGCUGAACGUGCUAUUGGCAUUAUCACUCACAUCCUCCCAGAAGACCAUCUCCUCUUGGCCUCCUCGAAGAGAGUUAAAGCCCUUAUCCUGGAGGAGAUUGCCAUAGACUGUCACAACAAGGAGACAGAGCAGAGGCUGCUCCAGGAGGCCCAUGACCUGCACCUCUCCUCGCUGCAGUUGGCUAAAAAAGCCUUUGGGGAGUUCAACGUGCAAACAGCCAAACACUACGGCAACCUGGGCAGACUGUAUCAGUCCAUGAGGAAGUUCAAGGAAGCAGAGGAGAUGCACAUCAAGGCCAUCCAGAUCAAGGAGCAGCUCCUAGGGCAGGAGGAUUAUGAAGUUGCCCUCUCCGUGGGCCACCUCGCCUCCCUCUACAACUAUGACAUGAACCAGUAUGAAAAUGCUGAAAAGCUUUACCUGAGAUCCAUAGCAAUUGGAAAGAAGCUUUUUGGUGAAGGAUACAGUGGACUUGAAUACGAUUACAGAGGUCUCAUUAAACUGUACAAUUCCAUUGGCAAUUAUGAGAAGGUGUUUGAGUACCACAACAUUUUGGCCAAUUGGAACCGCUUGCGGGACCGGCAGUUCUCGGUCACGGAUGCGCUGGAGGACGUCAGCACCAGCCCCCAGUCCACGGAAGAAGUGGUCCAGUCUUUUCUGAUGUCUCAGAACCUCGAUGGACAGAGCAGCUAAGAACUUGGUCAAUUUACCAGUUAAGGUUUUUUCCCCCAGGUUACAGGGGGAAAAGUCAUACUGUGAAAUCUAAACCAUGUAGUUCUCUGGGGGCUGGAAUUUGCGUUGAAACACUGGUCCAGUCUACUGAAGAGUGCCCAUACGGAUGAAUGUGUGUUAAAUUCCUCUCAGCAUGUGUAUGGCAUGUUUAGUUCGGCUCACAUUUUUAACUUGGUAUUCCCAAAAAACCCCCUUCUUUCUCUCUUCUUUCAAAAGAAGCUACUUUGCAGAAAGUCUGCAAGAAAACAUUAAAUAAAACUGUUUGAGUUCAAAAGAGUUGCAUUCUUAUUACGGAUGGAAGGUUUCAUCAAGAGCUUUCUGCUGAUUCACAGAGAGAACAAAAGCUGUCCUCUGAGGAGCUGUAGGAGAAAGGUCUUGCUGCUGUACCAUUGUAGCAAAGUUCAUGGUAAACAGCCAGCAAAGGGAGGAUGUGCUGGCCUUGGCUGCUGCCUUACCAAGACAAGUGGCAAAGACCCACUCUGGAGAGCACCACCCGCUCAGUGAGUGCCACCUGUGCUGUUGUGGAUGCCCUGAACUGGACCAGACAGAUCCCACAGACCAGCAAGCACAGUGUCCUCGGUGCCACCACCAGUGCUCCCCCUGAGCAGGACCAGGACACCUCAGUGGACCAGCCUGCUAGAAACCGCUUUUGGACCAGUGGCUUUAAUUUAAUAUUUCUGCCCCUGCAUUCACUUUGACAGUAGAACUCUCUCAUUUAGGUGUCUGAUCAGUGCAAAUGAUAUCCGUGUGAUAGAUCCAGAGCUAGGAAGUGAAUUGAUGGUUUGUCUGUACCCAGUGAGCUUCUGCAGAGAUUCCUGGCAGUGCCACAGCUCCACUCUGCUGCAGCCACUCCUCCUCUCCUCCCAGGGGCUCUUUCUCUGCUCACAGAGGCCAUCCCAUGUUUAUACCAGUGAAGAGUUUUGUAUUCCAAUCCAGUUCCAUUUUCUGUUUCUGGACAACACAACUUACUGUACAGGUCGCAGGGGUCAGUGAAAAAUGCCAAAAAGCACAACAGGUCCUUUUUUUUUUUUUUUUGUGAUGCUUCAUUUCUACAUUAAACAAGAGUACAACCAGAAACCGAUUCCUUACGUUAAUUUACGAAGCAGAGCUCAGCUGUACAGACCUCUGAGAAUGCCUCUCUCACUAGCUUGUCUUAAUUCUUCUGUUCUGGGGGCUGUGUGCUUGUGUGGGUUUGAGUUCAGGUGCUGUUUUGGGUUUAUUUCCUGAUGUUGGGGAAUAUUUGCAAGUCUGUGUGACACAAACUAGAAGCGACUCGCUGCUGUUACCUCGGCUGUGCCAGCAGUGCCCAGGGCUGGGAGUCUGUGGCUUCUGUCAGUUUGGGGGUUUCCCUGCCCCUCUUUUCAGGGUUUGUACCUUGGCUGGUUGCUGCUGGGGCUUGGCCAGCUCUUCCUGUGGGACUGGGACUGGGUGUUCUGCUUGGGGUCUGGUUUUUCAUUGGUUUGUGGGGUUUGUGGCAGGGAAAGCUGCUGGAUGAUCUUCAGGGAAGAGAUAGAGGUUUUGGACAUGACUUGGAGCUUAAUGGCUCUUCUGAGGAGUGACAUUUUACAGGCCAAUAGUUCAUAUUCUGGUGCCUUCAAGUGUUUUUUUUGGGGGGGAAAGGCUGGGUAAUAUCAACUUUAAGAUGCAAUGAUGUAAUUAUUGAAUGCAGAUUAAUGAUUGCAUACUUAGAAUAUCUUCACUGAGGUGAAAAGAAGUAUUUGCAUAAAACCCCCUGUGGUAUUAGGACUUAACUGCAGUGUGUCUGCAACAGCUGCUCAGUGAAAAUCCAACUUAGUUAUGUGUGGAUUUAAAAUGUGAUUUAUUUAUAGCAGUUUUUGUUUAUGACUGUGUAGGAGCUACAGGUAAAUUCAGCUAUACAAGGCAAAACCUUCUCCCUGAAUGCCCAUGGCACUGACAAGUUAUAAAGUUCUUAAAUCCUAUUAAAAGGUAUUUAAAGUUAAACAAAGUAUGUAACAGUGUCAGGACUUGGGCAGCAAAGUGGCUUAAAGCUGUCCUGGAGAACCUGAGUGAUUCUGUACUGCAGAAGUGCUGGAGCUGCCAGCUGGGUGUGUGGCUUUACACUGACAUGGGCUGAGAUCUUUUACCCUCUCUGUGUUCCUGGGGUCUCCAGCUGCUGGCUAAGGAGCCCCAAAGGUGUGCUUGGGAUGGGAGCAUUGUGUGGCACCAGUGCCACUGCUCUUGCUGCAGCCCUGGCUGUGUCCCCGGGUGUGGUUUGCCUUAGGGCAGCUCCUGGCAGGGCAGCCCGGGCAGCAGCCGUGCUCCUGGCUUCUGGUGGCUCCGUGUCCUUCCCCAGAGCUGCCUCAGCCUGGUGCCUGCCCCGUGCAUCACCUGGGCUGGCAGGAGGGGAAGGAAGGAAGGUCCUAAAGCUCCUGGGAAUGCCUUUGGCAGAGGACUUGGCUGGGGCUGCUGUGGUGAUCCUUGAGAGCUCCAGCGUGUUCCUCCUGUGCCUGCAGGGAAUCCGGGCUGGGGCUGAGCUGCCCCCGCAGCUCCAUGGGCCUGGGGCAGCUCCCUUCUGGUGGCUGUGGCUGAUUGCUGACACUGCUGGGGCGUGGGGGUUGGCAGGAUGACACUGCAGCUGCCAGGGACGGCUCUGCUGCUGCAGGGACAGCUCUGCUGCCCCUGCUCAGGACCUGCAUUUGUGGCUGGGACAGCACAGACCUCACCCCGUGGGGGUUUGGUUCUGAGUCUCCCAGGUGGAGCUGUUGGCACCUGGAGCCAGUCUGGGCUGGUUCUGUGUUGGCACCUGGGGUGCUGUGCUGCUGCUGCUGCUUCUGUUGCUCUCUCUGCUCUCACAGUUUGUUUGGUGCUUUUGAGGAGUGGGACGCUGCUGGGAUGGUGCCAGAGGCAGGUGAAGGACUCGUUGGGUGGAUCUUGUAGCAAGACUCCAGUCCUGCCCCGCUGUGCCCAGCAGAGCUGGCAGCAGGGGCUGCAGUGCCCUCUGUUCCCUUCUGGGGUUUUCCAGCACCCCUGGCUCCUCUCUCCCCUCCUGGCACAGCCCGGGGCAGGUUUUCCCUGCACAGCUGGGUCAGUUCUGGGCUGGGGGCAGGUGGAACAUCCAUCCAGGAAUGAAUGGUUGGCAUUUCUAGGCACACAACGUGCCCACGCAGGGGCUGUGUGGUGCUGGCAGUGGCAAUCCUGUGAAAUGCAUCUUUUCCUUGAAGGUGAGUAAAGGAAUCACCCCAGAGUCACUGGGUGCAAGUGGUGAGCACGGGUGUCACCUUAAGGUAAAUUAUUUUCACUAGUGAUGAAGUUAAACCCUCAAUAUUUUACUUUGUGUGAGGUUGUUUGGGUCAGUGAGGGGGAGUUUGCUCGAGGUGCCAUUGCUGCUUCUCAUGGUACAAAAUGCACAUUGAAGUUCAUUCCCUGUUUCAGUCCCGAGUGUGGGAGAGCACAGGAAGGAAAACUGACCAUGCCUCAAACGGGGGAAGCUGCUGGCAGAGCCUCCCUGGGGUGAUGUGGAGGGCUGGGCAGGGCAGGUGCUGCUGGUUCCAACCUCCCAGCAGAUCCUUCCCUCUGCUGCCUGUGCAGAACCUGGUUUUAUCUCAUUCCCUUACAAGAAAAUUCCUGGCCAGUGUCAGUUCAAAGCUGCCUCUGCAUUGUGGGGUGUGUUUGACACUCCUGGGGCCCUUGAGCCACCGAGCCCUGGGAGGGCUUUGGGGAGAAGUGGGGAAAAUUUCCUUUAUGUAGAAAUAAACUCCAAUACCUACAAAGAAUUGGCAGCACUGGGAAUGCUUUUGUCCCUAAAUCUCAGGAACGUUUUGGGCAGUGCCACAGGUGUCCCUGGUGGUGUGAAGUGUGUGCUCUGGGCUCUCGUAUUCCACUCCUCCAAUCCUCCGUAUCUAUAGCAUGAGUGGCCUUAGUGAGUUUGUUGAAGUGCACAUUUUCUUUUUUUCUUUUCAAAAGUAAAUUUAAAGAUGAAAAAGAUAUAUACUAUAUAAAUAUAUAGAGAUAUUUAGAAACUUGGUUUGUGGUGCACAAGUUCAGUGUUGGAUCGCUAAUACUCGUCGCAGGUACCUUAUGUGUAACUUUUCUUUUCUGUAUAUUCCUUUCUGGGAAGCAAUGUUGCCAUGGUAACUACAACUUUACAAUUUCUUUACUACUUAAUGAUGUGAAUGAAUUCUACAUUUUAUUGAAUAUUACCGGGUUCAGUACUAUUUUUAUACUUUAUUGAACUACAGGGGAUUUUAAUUUAAUAGCAUUAAAAAAAAAAAAGAAAAAUAUGUUGCUUGAACUGUAUAACUGUAUAAAUUGAACUAAUGACACAAACCCACCUCUAAACCAGAAUCUCCACCUGUAGUGCCACGUUCAUUUAUAUAAAAUAUCUUGCUCAUUAGUAGACCUUGCAGCCCCUCCCUGUGGUGUCAGGAAGGUUUCGUACCCCACUUCUCACCACCAUCCUUUGUGCCCACGGAGCCAUCCUAUGUUUGUAACCAGCAUUGUGAUAUUCUGUAACUGUAUUGCUCAAAUGGAAUAUUGACCUAAUAAAUAGAGUGUUCCUGCA